CAACAGAUCAUUUCAUCCCGCUCCUUCCGGACUCCUCUCAGAUUAUUUCCCAUCCCUCCCUCAGAGACCAUGGCUGGAUUCUCUGUGAGCGACAGCACAGCGGAGCGUAUCGGCUACAUCACCCGGACCCAAAGCUUCAGCGCCUGUCACCGACUCCACAGCAUUCACCUUAGUGAUGAGGAGAAUAAAAGAGUUUAUGGAAAAUGCAACAAUCCCAAUGGUCAUGGACACAACUACAAAGUGGAGGUGACAGUGCGGGGAAAGAUUGAUCGUCUCACUGGCAUGGUCAUGAACUUGACUGACUUGAAGAGGUGCAUUGAGGAAGUCAUCAUGAUUCCACUGGACCAUAAACACCUGGAUAUAGACGUCCCAUACUUUGCACGUGUGGUCAGCACAACUGAGAACGUGGCUGUUUACAUCUGGGACAACAUGGUGAAGGUGCUCCCAUCCAACCUGCUCUACGAGAUUAAGAUUCAUGAGACCGAUAAGAAUGUUGUCAUAUAUAGAGGAGAGUAGAGUGAUGAUAUAGGCUCAUUACCAAUACACCCCUUGCCCCCACUACUCCACCCUGAGCCAUCAGUUUUGCAUGUUCAUGUCUCGAUUCUCGUUGGGAUAGAAGGGUAGGGCAAGUUGCUAGAGCUACAUGACUCUCCAAACCAAAGUUUUUAAAAGGCACAUUCAAAACUGAGUUUUAAGAAAAUCAUCUGCAAGAUGGCUGCACAAGCAGCAAAAGAAAAGGUUAUUUGUUAAUAAAGAUUUUAAAACUUCACAACUCUUCAACAUUUUCACUUGAAAAUCACCAGUGAUAUGCUGAUGUAUUGGUAGCUAACAACCCUAGCUAGCUAAUGUAGCAUUGCUAUUGCUGAUUGCAUUUCCAUUCCUACAUUUUGCAUUUCCAUGUUGCAUUCUGCCCCCCUUUGAUCGCAUAUGACAUCAAAAAUUUAAUUGUAAUUGAAGUCCAGCAGUGAAGUUGCUGCACUUGUCAGCACCCUUCUAACAUCGGUGCAGACUAGCAGGGUAGGAGCACAGGUUACUAACUUAAGCUGACAGAGUACUGCCUAGUUGUCUGGUAAUAAAGAAGUGUUCUCUUUUAUUUAAUGACUUGUCUGAUCGAUUGAUAACGUUAAACUUGUGAAUGAUUUGUGAGCGUCCAUGCUUUUCUAUCUCCAUUAGAUAUAUGGCAAGUGUCAUAGUGAUAAUAUAAUUAUUGCCAUAGUUAUAUGUGUUUUUACAUAAAAGCCAUGAUGCUUACUGAUGACAUAUCAGGGACUUGAAGGGUUGUGGGUUGUCCCAUUUAAUAGGGGAAGAUUCCAACUGUUCCACCUUAUAACUCUGUUCAAAGGGACACUUAAAAAUAAGGGGUAAAGGUAAAAAUUAGAAAUAGCAUUGGGCCAUAAUUUGGUGUCUUAUAUGGUAACACUUGUCAUGUAUAAAUGUCAGUUUAUUUAACUUCACCAUGUGCCUACCGUUGACUGCAGACUUUGGUUAGCUGAAAUAAUACGGAUUUAUGAAGGCUGAUAGAUGAUACUUUGCUGACAUUUGCAGUUUAUUAGACCAGUGAUUUCCAACCUUUCUUGUUUGCCACUUAAGCAAUGUUAAGAACUGACUCUUAUCCAUUUAACACAUUGUGAAUCUGAGUAAUGUUAUUCUGCUAAAGGAUGGUAAUACAUUAUGUACAGUUAAAUUGUCAUUUUGACUCAUUUAGCCAUUCAUACGUUUUUCUUAAUUAAAUUCUUCACAAAACAUGCUAUGUUCCUAGCAGGCCAACAUCUUCAUUUCGUUGCUGCCAUGCAAUAUUGGUCCUGUUUUUGUCCCGAUAAUGUUCCAAGUGCAUAUUCCAAACUAGUGGAUGGAGAAAAUCGGACAAACUUAGCCUCUCCCCCAUGGCUACUAGUAGUUUCUAUCAGGUUUCUAUCCAUCAAUAAAGAAAUGCAAUUCGUUGUGUUGGAUACUAGAAGCAUCAUCCAUAUAUUUAUGGAUCUACAGACACCAGUCAUAUAUGUAAGUGGGCGUAGGGAGGCAUAAGCUUUACACAGAUAUUCUGUAGGAGACCAGUGUUUAUUUAACUUCACCAUGUGCCUACCGUUGACUGCAGACUUUGGUUAGCUGAAAUAAUACGGAUUUAUGAAGGCUGAUAGAUGAUACUUUGCUGACAUUUGCAGUUUAUUAGACCAGUGAUUUCCAGCCUUUCUUGUUUGGCAAACCCUGAUUACAGUGUGCAUUUGUAUACAGUUCAACCAUAGAGUAAUUGUUUUCUUGUUUUUGUUUUUUGUAACACGUUUUUUUAUGCUUUACCUCAUGUCCCCUUGAGGGUUCUAACCUCCUGAUAGAAAAACCCUGAUUUAGACCUUCAGGAGAACCCAAACUAUGAAUAAACCAUUCUUAUACA